AUGUCUACUUUCAAGGGUAUCGUAGCCGGUACGAGUCACUUGAGCGCGCACGAGACCGCGAACUUACUCGGCGUGUUAGAGUUCCCCCAGAUCAGGCUCGACUACUUCCGACACCAGCCUGAGCACAAGGCGCCCUUGGCGUGCUUCCUCAGCCAUGUCCAUUCGGAUCAUCUUGUAGGCCUGGAGACGUUGCGAGCUCCUUUUGUCUACUGCUCAGCUGCGACACGGGAGAUCCUUUUGCGCCUGGAGAAGUCUCACUACCGAGUAAACUUUGCAAAAGGCAUUCUUGAAAGCCGCAAUGUCACUUAUGACAGAAGCAUGCGCAAGCUGGCUAAGCCACUUCCGCUGGACACGCCUACUACGAUUGAACUAGCCCCCGGAAACAGCAUUCGUGUAACGCUCCUCGACGCCAACCACUGUGUUGGUGCCGUCAUGUUCCUGAUCGAGGGUGACGGCAAGGCAGUACUCUACACUGGCGACAUCCGCGCAGAGACUUGGUGGAUCAAUUCGAUCGUCCAGAAUCCAGUCCUUGCAACCUACGCCCUCGGACUUCGUCAACUGGAUUGCAUCUACUUGGAUACCACUUUCGCGACCAAGCGUGCGCCUUACAGAAACUUUCCGUCGAAAGCAGAAGGCAUCAAGGAGCUGUUAGAGAAGGUAGACGCCUACCCCGACGACACGGUGUUUUACUUCCACUCUUGGACUUUUGGUUAUGAGAACGUUUGGGUCGCGCUGUCGACGUUUCUAGGUUCAAGGAUUCACCUCGAUGACUACUGCACUCGCAUCUACGGUUCACUGUCUUCGUUGGACAAGAAGAGUUUGACAGAAGCAGGUUUGCAUGUGCAGAGCGAGAACAGAUUUUUGAAAGAGGCUGGCAUCGAAAUUCGCGAAGCAGCAGCACUUUGUGGCUUCAGGAACGGCAACCACAUGCAGCCGGGAUGUCUGACCUCGUCAGAAAACGUCCGCAUACACAGCUGCGAGCGCGGAAUGGGUUGUAGCAUCAUGGAUAAAGACGCAAAUGCGAAGAUCGUCCAUGUCGUUCCUAUCAUCACUCGCUCCAACGACACUGAGAUCGCCGAACUAGGCGCUGGUGGCGGCAAAGGCGAUCUCGACCAGAAGGAAGAGCUGGAGACAGGCGAUGUGCCUGCUGUGGGCAGGCUGAUGGAACUGUGUGCACAGUCCAUCAACGAUCCGGACCUGUUAUCGAAGGUGCUCAAGCUACUGCAGCACGCUUUGAGUACAGGCAGCGGCUCUAUGGAUUUUGGUCUGCAGUUACAGAAGGAGAGCCAGGCCAGCGACGAAGCCCUAUCUCUACAGAGACUGGUCGCCGCUUUAUCGUCGAGUACAUCGAAGAAGCGGAUCAACAGUGGCGAAGCACCGCGAAACAAGACGAUCCGGUUUCCUUAUUCGCGACAUUCAUCGUAUUCUGAACUGUGCGAGCUUGUUCGUGCUCUCAAGCCUCGCGAUAUCUUCCCAUGCACAGUCGAUGAAGCAACAUGGACUCCGGAUUUCAGCAUGAACGCACUCUUUGGCGAGUACUGCUCAGCACGAGCGUUUCGCCACGAUGCUGAGAUGAUGCAUAUCUUCAAUGCAAAGAACAAAUACGAAAAGACACAGAAGCGGGAUUGGAGUGAGAGUCAGCAAGAUGCCCAGUUUGAGGCUCCUUCUGAGACUGUGGUUCCAAGUGUCGCGAAACCAAAGGUUGCAAAGUUGACGGAGAGAAAGGACGAGCAACCUGCGGUGGAGCCGGGGGCAGAGGUCGAAGAGACGAAUGUGGUGUUUGCAGAGACGGUCGCGAACAGAGCUACACAAACAUACUCCACACACAUACCAGGUUCGAACUCUGCCGUUCUACCCACCACGAUGGUAGAGCCGGUGUCUAAAGAAACGCUGGCGUCCAUGACAUCUGCACCUGACCCACUUCUGGUUUCGAGCAGGGCAAAACCAUCCAAGUCGGAGAGAAAGCGCAAGCUGACGAACGCGCGCCUAGCCUACGAGGCUGCCAUUGGAACGUACUUGACCUGGGCAGAUUUUGGGGGACUCGAAUCGACAAAGAGCGAGGGGGACCGGGACGAACAGGAGCUGUGA